AUUGGCUGAAUGCGCCGCGGAGGCCUCGGGGGUUCGGGGCGUCGGGGAGUGCGCGAGGGAGCGCGAUUCGUGUGCAUAGGCGGAGACAAAGCGGUGGCUGUGGUGGCCGCAGAGGCGGCUGUGAGGCAACCCUGAGGGCCGAAUUUCGCGGUGCUGAGUCCGGUCAUCAUCUUAUUCUGCGCGGCGCACGGAAGGCUCGUGUCUGGGCGGUGGCGGCGGCGGCGGCGGCAGUGGCGGCGGACGCGGCGGCAGCACAUGGUUCCAAGAACAAGCUGCGGUUGUUGGGUUCCAAUUCCGUGGGGAGGGACAAAGGCAGCCGCGAGCGCCGGGCAACGCCCCGUCGGGUGGUGCGCUUGCCAUUGCCCUUCAUCCGGGCUCUGAAAGCUGGGCCCAACUCCUCUCCUGGAGCAGAGGCCCGGGAAGGGCCUGAGCGGCCGAGGCCGCAUUCCGAGGAGAGUGGGGGAGGGGCGUGCCCGUCUGAGGUGACUUGGGCGGCUUCGCUGUGAGGCGCUUUUGUGGGUCAUUGUGAGGUAAUCGAACUCACUACCCUUAGGAGAGCGGGGUGGGGCUCUGUACGCGGGAGUCCGCCGUCUGCGGUUAAGAGAGAUUUCAGUUGGGAGUUCGUGAAGCCCUUACUUACCACACUAUCGCCAUCUAAACCCGAAUCAUGCCCACCAGGCUGGUGCCCAUGUAAGGAUCCUGGGAUCAUUGGUGGCGAAGACAUGGGUGAUUGUCCGGUUUUAUAACAGAAGUUGUACAUUUCCGGAGUGGGAAGUUCCCUGGAAGAACAAGAAGAAAACGAAGAAGGAGCAGUAAUAAAAGCGCCCACUCCAGUACCAUUACUUCAAGAUUAUCCACAUCUCGACUCAUUGAACUAUCUCGCAACUUAACGGGAAAAGCUCCCAAGACUACAGUUGUAGGACAAUUCUAUUCAAAAUAUUAUGUCAUAGUCUGAGAAGAUAAAAAAAAAAAUACUUAAAGGAGGAAUCAAUUGUAAUUUUAGACAUCUCUGGCUAUAUUUUGGAUAGGUUCGCAGUAAACUUGUUUAAGGAGCACAGACUUACCAAACCUUCCUGGAAGGAAUCCUGGAAAACCUAUUUCAUUGUCAGGCUGUGUUUCCCAGUUCGUAGGUAAAGGCCCGAACCUCACUGCAAUUAUGGCUUUCACAAAUUACAGCAGUCUGAAUCGAGCUCAGCUAACCUUUGAAUAUCUGCACACAAAUUCAACUACUCAUGAAUUCUUGUUCGGUGCUCUUGCUGAACUGGUUGAUAAUGCAAGAGAUGCUGAUGCCACCAGAAUGGAUAUUUAUGCAGAAAGGCGAGAGGAUCUUCGAGGAGGAUUUAUGCUUUGCUUUUUGGAUGAUGGAGCAGGAAUGGAUCCAAACGAUGCUGCCAGUGUGAUCCAGUUUGGGAAGUCAGCCAAACGAACGCCUGAGUCCACCCAGAUUGGGCAGUAUGGGAAUGGGUUAAAAUCAGGCUCCAUGCGCAUCGGGAAGGAUUUUAUCCUCUUCACCAAGAAGGACGACACCAUGACCUGCCUCUUCCUGUCUCGCACCUUUCAUGAGGAGGAAGGCAUUGAUGAAGUGAUAGUCCCAUUGCCCACCUGGAAUGCUCGGACCCGGGACCCUCUCACAGACAACUUGGAGAAGUUCUCCAUAGAGACAGAGCUCAUCUACAAGUAUUCGCCCUUCCACAACGAGGAGGAAGUGAUGACUCAGUUCAUGAAGAUUCCUGGGGACAGUGGAACACUGGUGAUCAUCUUCAAUCUCAAACUCAUGGAUAACGGAGAACCAGAGCUAGACAUAGUCUCAAAUCCAAGAGAUAUCCAGAUGGCAGAGACUUCCCCAGAGGGCACGAAGCCGGAGCGGCGCUCCUUCCGUGCCUACGCUGCCGUGCUCUAUAUCGACCCCCGCAUGAGGAUCUUCAUCCACGGCCACAAGGUGCAGACCAAGAGGCUCUCGUGCUGCCUGUACAAGCCCAGGAUGUACAAGUACACAUCAAGCCGCUUCAAGACCCGGGCAGAGCAGGAAGUGAAGAAAGCUGAGCACGUAGCACGGAUUGCUGAAGAUAAGGCCCGGGAGGCGGAGAGCAAAGCACGGGCAUUAGAACUACGCUUGGGUGGAGACCUCACACGGGACUCCAGGGUGAUGUUGCGGCAGGUGCAGAACACGGCCAUCACCAUGCGCAGAGAAGCGGAUGUCAAGAAGCGGAUCAAGGAUGCCAAGCAGCGAGCCCUUAAGGAACCUAAGGAACUGAAUUUUGUUUUUGGGGUCAACAUUGAACACCGGGAUCUGGACGGCAUGUUCAUAUACAACUGCAGCCGCCUGAUCAAGAUGUACGAGAAAGUGGGACCACAGCUGGAAGGGGGCAUGGCGUGUGGCGGGGUUGUUGGAGUUGUUGAUGUGCCCUACCUGGUCCUGGAGCCUACACACAACAAACAGGACUUCGCUGAUGCCAAGGAGUACCGGCACCUGCUGCGGGCAAUGGGGGACCACCUGGCGCAGUACUGGAAGGACGUCGCCAUCGCCCAGCGGGGAAUCGUCAAGUUCUGGGAUGAAUAUGGCUACCUCUCUGCCAACUGGAACCAGCCCCCAUCUAGUGAUGUGCGCUACAAGCGCCGGAGGUCUAUGGAAAUCCCAACCACCAUCCAGUGUGAUUUGUGUCUGAAGUGGCGGACCCUCCCCUUCCAGCUGCAUUCUGUGGAAAAAGAGUAUCCUGACACCUGGGUUUGCUCCAUGAACCCUGAUCCUGAGCAGGACCGGUGUGAGGCUUCUGAGCAGAAGCAGAAGUUUCCCCUGGGGACAUUAAAAAAGGACCCGAAGACACAUGAAGAGAAGCAGAAGGAGCUGACAGAGAAAAUUCGCCAAAAUCAGGAGAAGCUGGAGGCCAUGCAGAAGACCACACCCAUCCGCUCCCAGGCUGACCUGAAGAAGCUGCCGCUGGAAGUAACCACUAGACCUUCCUCUGAGGAACCUGCACGUAGACCGCAGCGUCCUCGCUCACCUCCUUUACCUGCUGUGAUCAAGAAUGCCCCCAGCAGACCCCCUGCCCUUCACACUCCCAGGCCAACCAGAAAGGCUCCUGCCAUCAGCAGCACCCCAAAGCCGCCUGCCCUGGCAGCCCGGGAGGAGGCCUGUACAUCCAGGCUCCUCCAGCCGCCCGAGGCACCCCGAAAGCCUGCUAACACUGCAGUCAAGACUGUGCCUCGGCCUACCCCUCCAGUGCAGCCGCUGUCACCAUCUCUACUGCCCAACUCCAAGAGCCCGCGGGAGGUCCCCACCCCCAAAGCCGUCAAGAUGCCAGUGGUCAAGAAGCCAGAGCCCCCUAGUAAACCUCCCCCGGCUACCCCUGGUCGGAAGCGGGCUCUUGAUGCCUCUGACGAGGAAGAAGCGGAGGAAGAGGCUGAGAGGAGGAAGGAGAGACCCAAGCGGGGCAGAAUUACUGUGAAGGAGGAAAAGAAGGACUUGAGUGAGCUGUCAGACAGUGCUGAGGAGGACUCAGCUGACCUCAGGAAGGCGCAGAAAGAUAAAGGUCUGCACGUGGAGGUGCGUGUGAAUAGGGAGUGGUACACCGGCCGCGUCACAGCUGUGGAGGCAGGCAAGCAUGCGGUGCGGUGGAAGGUGAAGUUUGACUACGUGCCCACAGACACAACACCAAGAGACCGCUGGGUGGAAAAAGACAGUGACGAUGUGCGGCUGAUGAAGCCCCCUUCCCCGGAGUAUCAGAGCCCUGACACCCAGCAGGGCGGUGGCGAGGAGGAGUCCACAAGGGCCCCGCCGGUUGAGGUCCAGCCGGCUGUGGCCGUGACAGACCCCUCCACUUCUGACUGCAGCCGUAUUGAGCCUGACACCACCGCCCCGAGCUCCAACCACGAGACCAUCGACCUGCUCGUCCAGAUCCUCCGGAAUUGUUUACGGUACUUCCUGCCUCCAAGUUUCCCCAUCUCCAAAAAGGAGCUGAGUGCUAUGAGUUCAGAUGAGCUGAUAUCCUUUCCUCUGAAAGAGUACUUCCGGCAGUACGAAGUGGGGCUGCAGAACCUGUGCCACUCCUACCAGAGCCGCGCCGACUCGCGGGCCAAGGCCUCCGAGGAGAGCCUGCGCACCUCCGAGAAGAAGCUCCGCGAGACCGAGGAGAAGCUUCAGAAGCUGAGGACCAACAUCGUGGCUCUCCUGCAAAAGGUGCAGGAGGUGAGCCAGGCAGCUCUCCCUCUGCAGCUGGACCACCUGGUCUCUUGGGGGAAGUGGGGGGGGGGCUUGGGCACCUCUUGCUGCCUUUUCCCCACUCACAGGAAUCUGUGGUUUCAACCCUGGCUGCACAGCAUCCUGACCAGGAGGGCUGAGGUGGUGCGGCUGCCUGGGCCUCCUCCCAGCCAGGCCCACGGACAUUGACAUCAAUACAGAUGACGAGCUGGAUGCCUACAUCGAAGACCUGAUCACCAAGGGGGACUAAGGGGCUCAGAGCCAGAGACCAGCUCCCUGCUCCUGCCUCAGGGAGAGUUCCCGGGGGUGGGGGCUGUUGCGUUAGUGGGUUGGUGGACUUAACAUUGGUUUGACUCACAUGGGACAUUGUGCUUUUGGAGGGAAAAUGCUCUGAUUCUUUGAAUCUUCCUCCCUAAGUUUAUAAAUAUUUAUUUUUUGAAAGAAACGAGAUGCUGCGCCUGCUGUGAGACUGUGCUUUCUCUGUGUGGCUCUGGGGCAAAGAGAAGCAGAAUGUUCAGCCUGAGCUGCUUCUCAGCUCCUGGCUCCUGAGGUGCAAGUCCAGCAUCUGGAAGCCGGAGAGGCUCCAGCAGGGCUGGCUUCUCUCCUAGAAGAUGAGCCAUGUGGGAUCUGAGGGAUAGAAAAGGGAGGGAGCCCCCCAGAGUAAUGCUCCCCUAGGGAUGCUGAUCCAGGGGGCCAGGGGUCAGGAGGAGGCGUGGCUCCGAGUGGCUCCUGUCUCAGGUCAGGGAUGUGUGGCCUGAGCAGCUGUCACCUUGGUGGUCUUUCAACAGCUUGGGAAGAAAGACCUUCUCAUUCAACCUCACUCCCACCAUGUCCCCGCUGCUGGAGUGACUUCCUCAGUUGACAGUUGGCAGUGAGGUUUCCCGCCUCGGUAUCUUGAGGUUGAAGAGAAGACAGACGGGACACUGCAGACUGCCGGCCUGGGUAGCACACCAAAUGCCCGAGUUCCAUGGGGUUUCUUUUAGGAAAGGACCUCGUGUGUGGAAGAGCCCUGGUACUGAUGUGGUGGGGCCUCCGUCUGUGGUGGGGCAGGGUCUAGAGAGCCUGAUGCUGCUUUUUCCUUUAUGGCUCCUCCGCCUGGCCCCUCAUGCCCAGCAAGGCCCCCACUGUGGGGCGGACAGAAGGGGGUCUCUGAGCCCCACUUGCCCAUAGGCACAGGUUCCCAGAGGUACCAUGCCUUUCCUUCUGCCUGGUCCCAGCCUCAUACAGCUGUGUCCCUCCAGCAGCCUCUCAGGGUCCAAUACAAAGGCAGGAGUUGCUGAGUUUUCUCUUUAAGAGCUAAUGGGAAAGUUCCAGUUUCAUCCCCCGCCAACUCACUCCCCGCUCUGGAGACGGGGUUUUCUGAAGGCCGUGCACCACUGGUCUGUGAUUUACACCGGCACCUCCCACCCCAUGUCAGCGGGGGCUCACAUGCCGCCCUGAGGUCUCAGGCCUGGGAGGCGGGGGAGGGAAGCAGGCCCCAUGAAGUGGGAGCCUAUCCUCUUGUGCGCAUGGCCAGAGGCGGCCCCAAACCAUAUCCCUGGAGGAGACGGUUGUUUGGGGAAAUACCGCUGAGAGUGACCCUGGCUGCUUUGGAAGCUUCUCUAAGAGCUUUGGGGUUUCUGAGCUGGUGAUUCCUCCCUGGUCCAGUGCUCUCUCACCAUCCCAAGCAGCAUUUGGUCCCCAAACCUGUUCUAAUCUAAAAGGAAGUUGGUUUUUACCAGAGGGUAAUACUCAAGUUUUUUAUUUACACACCUGUAAUCAAAGUGCAAUACUAUAAACUUCUGGUGAGACUCCUGAACUCAGUCUGUUUUCUUCUCUCAGUAAAAUCUAGUACCUUCCUCCUCUUCUUCACACCAUGCUGGCUUUACACUGUCUUCAAAUCCUCCCUCAUCUCUGCCGUCUUCAUUGUUCUAUGUCUUCAUCAUCAACACCCACAGAAACAAUUUCUUUAAUGUUUUACCUUCGACCUCUGGAUGCGCCCACUGUGCUGACUGCAGCCCGUUUGCCAGGAGAGCUUCUGCCAUUCUUGGUGAGAAGAACGCAGUGGCCCUGGCUGGGAGGAGGGAGGUGGUCUGGCUGGGAGGAAGAGCCUGCCUUAGUUCAGGCAGCGGGAGGUGGACGAGUGCAGCAGCCCUUGGUUUUAAGGAGUGGGGUAGGGAUGGGGGGCUUUCUUGAGUAUUUUUUUAAGUGGCACAUGCACAUGGUAAAAAUUUAAACAGUACAAAAGGCUGGACCAUGAAAAGCAAGGUUCCCUUCCACCCUGAUUCCCACUUCUCCCUGGAGACCAUACCCAUGCUGAGCGUGUGCACACGCGCGCAGACACACACCCUGCUCUCUCUCUCUCUCUCUCUCUCUCCCCCACUUAGUGUGUCUUGGAAGCUGCUUCAGAAUAGCCCAUAUGGGUCUGUGUUAUUCUGAACAACCACAUAGCACUUCACUGAUGGUGUACUGUCACUUAACAGUCCCCUAUUUAUAAACAUUUCGGUUUUCGACAUUUAAGAAAAAUGCUGUGAUGAGUGUAUAUAUUCAUUAACUCAUCUGUCUGUAUAUGGGGUAAAUUCCAAAGAGAGAAAUGGCUGUCAGAUGGCGGAUAUGUUAAAAAUUCUAAGAUACACUCCAGAAAAGACUUCCAAUUUCAACUUCCCACCCACGUCUGCAUCUACCAUCUUCAUUCUGCAGUCUCCUUUACUAAUCUGAAAAAUAAAAAGUAAUGGAUUUUU